CAGUCACAUACCUACAAUCAUUUUGUUAGACGUUUUAUGUUCGAUGUUGUAAUAGAGACGUUUGUAAUUUUUGUUCUUUAUAUGGAAAACGUAGUAUUUUACGCUAAAUAUAUGUAUUCGUCGUGGUAUUAUAGAAUAUAGCGAACUGUGGGGUGAUGGAGUCGCCGCCUUCCUUUUCGACUCACUCCGAAGCGCCUCCGUUGAGUGAAGACAGUGGCUUGCUUAUUACUAGUGGCUCAUUUUCUAGUGAUUCCGCAAGUGGAUGGCAUCAUAUCGCAUCUGAGUUGCAGGAGAGCGACUUCGACGAGCGGUCGCUGUCGCUGUGCGAGUCCACGGAAGCUUCGGAGCGUAUUUGCGGCGACUUUUUCAACACCGUGAAGAAGGGUCCCGGCAAAGUUGUCGUCACGGCGAUCGAACCACCCCCAGAAUUUCAGGAUAACCCGGUCCCAACAAGCGUAGAAUGUACUCCUACGUUUGUUGGGACACAUAAGGAACGUUUGGCUGUGUGCGUGCCUCCAUCUGUUAUAUGUACCAGUGAUAAUAUAAUUAAAUCAAACUCAACGAGCUUAAAUAUACCAGUCGCCCCCGGUCACGUGUCCCCUAUAUAUCCCAGGAAAUUGAAACCUGAAGUUCUUUACGACAGGAGGCAGUGCUUAAACCACCGAUUCGCUAGCCCUAGACUGUUACAUCUCAGUCCUUGUCGAGCUACACGACCUUCAUCCAGGAAUUCCCUUUCCUCGCGUCUUUCGAGCAGUCAUAACUCUCUCGUUACGCAGUUUCAAGCCGACGAUUCGAGUUUCAUUACUCAAGCGAUAUCUCACGACGCUCUGUCCGCGAAAACAUCGGAUAUCACUGACGUGUACAACGUGCCCUUCGAUAGCGAUAUCUACGCGGUACCCAUCGAUAUGAUUAGGCCUGAAGAAGGUAAUAUGAAGAGUAAAGUAAAACGACCACAAAGAACAACCAAACGACGGAGCAAAACACAUACAAUAACUCUGGCCACAAAUAAUGCUAUUCUUGAAAGGGCCUACAAGGCAAAUCAAAUGAGACACAAACGAGACACGGAUACUAAAACCAAAAGGCACUCCUUGCCGGGUUCCUCUUGCAAGAAAAAGGUCCCGGCGGAAUCUGACUCGGAGUCAGUACAUUUAACUCUACGUGAAAUGAGAAAAUAUUUACAUACGCUGUAUUCCAGCUCGAGUGACUCUGAAUGCCGAAACACGAUAAAUAAAAAGAACAAUAAUAUUCUGACAACCGUCACCGUUCACGCCCGUCAGGGCCAAAAAGAGGCCCCCACCGCUGUGUUUCUUAAAGAGAGUCACGAACCGAGGACUGUUGAAACGAAUAACAAUCACAAAAAGACGAACAAGAAUACAGCGGACAUGAAUGUGAAGAACAAGAAGCAUAAAGAGAACGCGUCUAAAGAUUGUACCAUUAUGGAGCUCGAAAGUGCGAAGAAGAAAGGUAAUCAGGGUAGUAAAGUGAAGAUAUCACCCGUGAGGUUGCUUUCAAUGAAUUUGAAGCAGAGUUUUUGCAACUUGUUCCGGUGGAGACGGUCUAGCGACGGCGAUAGCGUGGAGAAGAUAGGGCGCGACUCCCCUCCGCCGGCCGUUCGGCGAGCUCUGCCUCCGCUGCCGCAGUCGCCUCACCAGUCCAACUCGAGGCGAUCCGCUAAUGACGACGAGACUGUGAUGGACUUCGCAACCUCAAUCCAGAAAGUCAAAGAUUAUGGAUGGUACUGGGGUCCGAUAUCAGUGGAAGCAGCGGAGAAGAUCCUCUCCAACGAGCCGGACGGUUCGUUCAUAGUUCGCGAUAGCAGCGACGAUCACUACAUCUUCACGCUCACGUUCAAGCUCAACGGGCUGCGACAUGUCAGGAUAGAACAUGAUCAGGGUAACUUCUCGUUCGGCGGGUGCACAAUGUUCAAAGCGCAGACCAUAGUCGAAUUCAUCGAGAACGCGGUGGAAACUUCCAGAAGCGGCCGCUACUUGUUCUUCCUGAACCUUCGUCCAGUGCUGGGCCCGGUGCGAGUGCAGCUGCUGUACCCGGUUUCGCGCUUUAAGCGCGUGCAGAGCCUGCAGCACAUGUGCAGAUUCGUGAUCUUGAAGCAAGUGCGCCGUGAUCUCGUCAGCAGCCUGCCCCUGCCCCGCCGUCUGCUCGACUACCUGAACGCGACCCAUUACUAUUCGGAGCUCAUAGCGGACUUAUAGGUUAUGUUGCACCAGCUGAACGUGCAACCGCACAGUAUACGUCCAUGCAACACGUAGACUAGCCCAUGUGAUAGUGUUUAGUGCGAGUGUAGUGUACGAACUCGGCUUAGCGUACGUUAGAUAGUUUUAAGAUGUAAGGAAACGAUGGAGAUGAUUUGGAAUUUACGACCAAUUCUAUAUGAAAUGAUUGUGAAUUUAUAAGAUUAUUCUAUAUGGAAUGAUUGUGAAUUUAUAAGAUUAUUAUAUAUGGAAUGAUUUGGAAUUUACAGAUUAUACUGUAUGGAAUUAUUUGGAAUUUACAGAAUUCUGUUUGGAAUGAUCUAUAAUUUACAGACGAAUUUUACAUGGAAUGAUUUGGAAUUUACAAGUCGAAUUCUAUAUAGAAUGAUUUAAUGUGACUAAAUUGAAAUACAUGAACAUGACUGAAUAUAUGCGAAACGUUUUUUUUUUUUUUUAUUUGACUCGUUUAAAUUUCGUGGAAAGCAAUAUUUUUGUCUUUAUACAUUCAGGCUGUGGUACUGAACAGUAUUAUUAUGUAAGUCUUUGGUUUUUGAGCGUCAGGAAAUUAUUGAUUUAUUUUUUUAUUUUUUUGAAUUAAUUUAAUUGGCAUUUGUUUUAAUACUGAUUCAUGAAAUUGUUAUCCUCAAUUUUUUAUGACACUUAAAAUUUAAUUAAAAUGAAAUCCUGACGUUUGUUUUGCGCUUUUCCUUAUUUUGUAUAUUUAUUUAAUUCUAUGUAUACCUAUUGUUGUUUUGCUUGGCAAUUUUGUGAUUAUUGUAUACGUAACAUGGGAUUAAUUAUAAUUUUAUUUCUUUUGGGAUUAAUAAAUGAUUUAUUUUAUCCAGUCAAUGAUGAAUUUCCUUAUUAUUAAAUAAUUAUUAUUUAGUAAAAUAAAUAUACGUUGAUUUUUUUUAACUGUCGCAUAAUAAUGUUUCGCAUAAUAUUUCUUAUUAAACUAUAAUGUGAUUUGUACUACUUAAGUAGUAAAUGUUUUUAUUUGCCUAUAUCUUAGUUAAUUAUUUGUUGCUUUGCGUUUAUUUUAGUUAUUAUUAUUUUUUUGUAAAUUAGCAAAUGUACAUUUUAUUAAUUAGUAUUGAUAAUGAUUAUUAAUUAUUAUUAUUUAUGAUUUUAUUGUAUAUUUACGACGCACAUACGUCUAUUUCACCAAAGAUGAAAAUAUUGUAAAUUAAUAAUAAAUUAUUGUUUUUCUUAUUUUUUA